UGUCCAUCUUUCUUAUACCCACUUGUCCCCAUGCCCUCCUCAAAGUUCAGACCAAGCUGCUCUUCUUCAUCUUCUCCUUGAUCUCUCCAGGCCGGCCAAGCUAUCUCUCAACCCAUACCAAACUUCCACUUCACACCAUCUAUCAGACCUAGCUACUGGACAGAGAGAGAGAAACCGAUCGAGCUAAAGGGAGACUCAUAUGUUGUGAGCUAUGCAUAUGCUUCUCUAGCUCCACACAAAUUUACUCGGCAGCAGUUUUCUCAUCCAAUCCAAGUUUUGCUUGUUGGUUGCAUGCGCUAUUCGAUCAAUUCACCAAAUUCAGAGCCGUCAAGAUGGCGAACCGGUGGUGGACCGGCCACUUGAACCUGCCGGAGCAGCCGUCCGGCUCGUCGGCCCCCAAGACCGAGCCCCCGGCCGUCAAAGACCCAGAGCCCAACCCGGCAGGGGGCGCGCCGGCGGGCCAACACGCCGAUGAGACCAACGAGUCCGGUGGCGGCGAGCCCCGCGAGGGCGCCGUGGUCCCGGCGCCCAACCGGCGCCCGCGUGGCCGCCCGCCGGGCUCCAAGAACAAGCCGAAGCCGCCCAUCUUCGUGACGCGCGACAGCCCCAACGCGCUGCGCAGCCACGUGAUGGAAGUGGCGGGCGGCGCCGACGUGGCCGACGCCAUCGCGCAGUUCUCGCGCCGCCGCCAGCGCGGCGUCUGCGUGCUCAGCGGCGCCGGGACCGUGGCCAACGUCGCGCUGCGCCAGCCGUCCGCGCCCGGCGCCGUCGUCGCGCUCCACGGGCGCUUCGAGAUCCUCUCGCUCACCGGCACCUUCCUCCCGGGCCCCGCGCCGCCGGGGUCCACGGGGCUGACCGUGUACCUGGCCGGCGGGCAGGGUCAGGUGGUUGGUGGCAGCGUCGUGGGCUCGCUCAUCGCGGCCGGGCCGGUCAUGGUGAUCGCGUCCACGUUCGCCAACGCCACCUACGAGCGCCUGCCGCUGGACGAGGAGGAGGAAGGCCCAGCCCCGCCGAUGCCCGGCGGGGCCGACCCGCUCUUGGGCGGCGGCCACGGGAUCGCCGACCCGUCGGCGCUGCCGAUGUUCAACUUGCCGCCGAGCAACGGGCAGCUCGGCGGGGGCGACGGCUUCCCAUGGGCGCACCCGCGGCCACCGUACUGAUGAUCCAUUGACGCCAAGCAGGUCAAGCAGUUGCAUAGCAUGGCGAAUGGCGCGGCACCGGCGUGCAUGGUCGUUACUGUUCCAUUGGAGAUGGUGGAUCGAGUGGCGCGGCGCCAUUAUAUUAGGUUAGUACAUAUGAUGAAGUGGUACUAGAGUACUAGUGUUGCUAGUACUACUUUAAUUUGUUUUCGUGAAAUAAUCAAAUCUCGGAGUGUUUAUUUGUACUUAAUUUGAGCUAGCUUGCUCAUCAGCUUGGAUGUGUUUGGUUUUCAGAUAAUUCUAGAGUGGGUUAAUUA